AUGGAAAAGCGGAUGUUGGCCUGGCCGCGUGUCAAGAUAGGCCGGAUCGGUGAUGCGAGGGUAGAGAUUCGUCCACGGGAGCACGAAGUUUCUCCAGAGUUCUGGACAAGCCAAGGACACUGCUCGACAGCUACGGCAGACGUGCGACAGCACGACAUCGAAAUAGUCCUUGAGUGUGUAGAGGAAUAUCUCCACGAGUACUUCGACUGGAAGGUGACGGGCAGGGGAAAGAAUAGCCUUGUGGGAGCUCAAGCUUGUCUGAAAAAACCAAACCAGGCGGAUCUUUCAAUGGGUCGCGUAUCUGGUCCAAAAAGCUUUUGGCAUAGGCAGGUUGGGAAUCGGAGGAAAGGUCGUUGGUGUUUAAAUGUCAGAAAUUCCAUGGGCUCAAUGAAAGGCGAGGAUAACUCGUGCCGCAAAGCCCGGAUCCAUGGAAAAUUGCCUGGAACAACGCGGGCAGGAACUAGGACUGUCUGUCUGUCGCGGUGUUAUAACACCUUUUGUAACGCUGGGCUGUUCCCUGAGGUUAACAAUCGAAAAGGCAAGGAGCCGCGAGCGUAA